AUGGGGAAAACUCGGAUCGCUAAAAAGAGUACGAACAACGAUACGAGAAGAAUGGUCUUCACUCCUCGAGGGAUCGAUACCAAGCCUGCAAACCUCAAGGAAUUAUUCGGUGCUAUCGGUGACGUUUUGGCGGCUUUGGUUAUGUUGCAUGAUGCCUCGUGGAUGCACCGAGACAUUCGGUGGGCAAACGUCAUGAGGCGUCGUAAUGGUUCCAACUCGUGGUUCCUCAUUGAUUACAUGAACGUAGAACAAAGUCCGGCCGUUUCAUCGAGUGAAGAGCAUUUAAGACCUGGCAGUCAUGCGCCGGAGAUACACGAUACGAACGUUAAGCACACAACGGCAGUGGAUAGCUGGUCGGUCGGCUAUUUACUUCGAGGGAUGGAUAAACUGUGGGGUGACGGUGGAGAGAGGACUGCAUUCCGAAAGGCGUUAAUGAAAGAAGAUCCGUCUCAACGGCCGACUGCGAUGGAUGCUCUUCAGAAGCUGGAGGAACUGAAGAAGAUAAGUUUUCCUCAAAAACGGGCAUUGGAGGAGUAA